AUGUCAGCGCUGUCGUACUCCCGGCUGCGCGGCGCGGCGCUGUGCGCGCUGCUCGCCGCCGCGCUGUGCCCCGCGGGGCCGCAGCGGAACAACUUCACCAGCGUCGCGGCGCGCCACGGGUACUCCGCCGAGGAGCACACCGUGCCGACGGAGGACGGCUACCUGCUCACCGUGUUCCGCGUGCGGCGCGGCCGGCGCUGCGGCGCGCGCGCGCGGCGCACGCCGGUGUACCUGAUGACCGGCGUGCUGCUUAGCGCGGAGGCGUGGCUGGCGGCCGGGCCGCGAGCCGGGCUCGCCUUCCUGCUGCCCGACGCCUGCUACGACACGUGGGUCGGCAGCGUGCGCGGAGCCGCGCUCGCCUCGCGCCACCGCAGCCUCGACCCGAGCGCGGACGAGGCCUUCUGGCGGUUCUCGGCGGACAAGAUCGCGCGCUACGACGUCCCAGCCGCGGUCGACUACAUCCUCGCGGCGACCGGCGCGGAGAAGCUGAACUACGUGGGCUUCUCUCAGGGCGCCAGCGUCGCGUUCAUGAUGCUGUCGGAGCGGCCGCAGUACGCGAGCAAGCUCGGCGUGCUGCUCGCCGCCGCGCCGCCCGUCGCGCUGGCGCACAUCACGUCCCCGUUCGGCCGGCUGCUGGAGAUCAGCGCGCAGCUGGAGGCCGCGCUGAGCGCGCUCGGCGUGUACGAAGUGUCGUGGAUCGCGUCCGCGGUGCGCGCGCUGGCCGGACGGUUCUGCAGGUUUCGCUUGUUCCGGGACGGCCCGUGUAGAGCUGCGCUCGAAUGGUUCGACGCGCCGCACCCCGGCUCCGUGGCGGCGGAGACGAUCGAAGCCCUGUUCGAACACUUCCCCGACGGAACCUCUGUGCGCACGCUGGCCAGGUACGGACAGGCGAUCGGGUCUGGGCUAUUUCAAAAGUAUGACUUCGGUGAGCGAGAAAACCUGAAGAGGUACGGCAGCGCGCGCCCCCCCGCGUACGAGCUGGGCGCGGUGAGGGUGCCCACGGUGCUGCUGCAGGGGCGCGGCGACACCAUCGUGCCGGCGGCGGACUCGCGCUGGCUGGCGGCGCGGCUGCCCGACCUGCGCGAGCUGUACGUCGUAGACGAUCCGGCUUGGAACCAUUUCGACGUAGUUUUCAGCAGAAAUAUAAAUGACACUUUGUAUCCAAAAAUUAACCAGUACUUAUCCCAAUACAGCACGCCUUAA